AUGUUAGCGACUGGAAUCCGCUACUAUGCUCCUAGUCUCAAUGACACCGGCGAUGGAUUUUGCCUGGUCAUAAUCAAUGAAACGCAACGGAAAUGGCUGACAGACUUUUCGCAAAGAGGUAUUGGAAUCGACGAUACAUUUAACGUGUCUAUGUACAAGCUACGGCUUGCUACAAUCAUCGUAGCUGAUCACAGUGACAGAGCACUUCCAGCUGCUUUCAUGCUUAGUUUCAGGAUGAGCGAGAGCGAACUUGUUACCCUGUUCGAUAAAGUGAAAGAAUUGGUUCCCGCGUUUGCGCCCGAUUUUUUCAUGAGCGACGACGCUGCAUCAUUCCACAAUGCAUUUCUUCGUGUGUUUCCUAAUGCUCACACGCGGAAGAUACUUUGUAACUGGCACGUAUUGCAAGCUUUCAAGCGUUCUGCUAGGAAGAAAUUGACGAAGGUGGGACCCAUUACUCAAUACAAGCCCGAAACGCGCUUUUCUAUCAUCUCCUUCCUUUGGCCGUCGUUGCUUGGGGAAUUCAUGUCAAGGAUUCGUCUAGUCAGCAGAUCAUGCAAACCAGUAAUUUUCACGAAAAGAUAUGGAGAUACUUUAACGUUCCUUUUGAACGAGAGCCAACACAAUUUAGUCGACUAUUUACACCGAAACUGGACUCAACGAGUAGAGGAGUGGGGUGCCCACCAUAGGAAAGGUGCGGUGAUGAAUACAUCUAUGAUGUGCGAAAGGUGGCACAAGCACCUUAAAAGGGAAGUGUUCUGCUCCAAGAGCAAAAUAAGAAUAGACGAGCUGGUGGAUGCUCUUAUCACGACAGUGAAGGAAAUGAAGGACGAUGCUGCAGUGAUAGAGCAAAGAGGUCUUGUGGAAGGUCGAUGGCGUCUCCAGAAUCACCACAUUAGCCACAACAAGGCGAUCAGUAUUUAUGGGAACAUGCGAGAACAAAUCCAUGUUGUGGAGCCUGGGUUGUGGAAAGUGCGCUCGCAUAAGUCCGACACGUUCUUCAUGGUGGAGGAAGAACGUUGUCCAUGUACGAAGGUACUCACCAGAGAAGCUACCCGUGACUGCUGCUGCAGAAUCAUUUGUGCAGGAACUAAAUCACUGCCGCAAACCCGGUUGCUCAGCCUGUCCGUACUCGUUCUUUUGCGAAUGCGAUGA